GCAAUCGUUGUACCAUAUACAAGAGUAGUGAUGACUUGUAUGAAGUAAGUUUGUAUGAUUGUAGCUUCGAGGUAAGUCUUCGCCUAAAGACUUGUGUUUGUCGAGAGUGGGACCUCACUGGCAUCCCAUGUUCACAUGCAGUUCGGGUCAUCAACGACAGCAAUCAAAAUCCAGCUAACUAUGUUGAUUAUUACUAUAAGACUCUGGUUUGGAUAGAGACAUACAGAGACAACAUAAAACCAGUAAAUGGAGAAACUUUUUGGCAGAAGACUAGUAAAGACCCCAUUGGAGUUCCGGGUUUCAGGAAAAUGCCCGGACGUCCUAAGAAAAAGAGGAUUAAAGCAGCACAUGAGUCACCUACAAGACCCUAUCGAGUAACUCGUGAUGGCAGAACAGUGACGUGUGGUAAUUGCCAACAGGUUGGACAUAACCGAAUCACUUGUAAGAAUGCAGCUCAUGUAGUUCAAGGUCCAAAACGUAAACGUGGAAGACCAUUUAAAUUGUCUGGGGAAGGAGAAACAAAUCCAAAACGACCAAGGAGACAAAAGAAAACACAAUCCCAACCUUCCAUCAACGCACCUGAUGUUACAUCUUCAUGUCCUAAGGCAUCGACAAUACCAUCUUCUUCAACUGCAACAGAUGCAGCAACAUGGCCACCUUCAACAGGUCGUGCCCGUGGACGUCCUCCUGGACGAGGACAAGCACGUAGAGAGGUUGUUCCAAGGGGGCAUGGAGUCUACAUAAGUCUAUUUACCGAUAGUAUUUGAAGUCUAUGGAGACCGUUCAAGAGUUGUAGGCUCUG